AUGUUUGGAGGAGGCGGCGGCAACAACCCUUUCGCGGGCGGUGGGAACCCACCCCAGUCGCCGUUCGGCCAAAAUAAUCCGCCGCAGAGUCCCUUUGGCCAGGGCGCGCCAGCCUUCGGGACCUCGACGCCGUUCGGCUCCGCGCCCGCGCCCGCGCCAGCCUUCGGGGCGAGCAGCUUCGGCCCCGCGUCGUCCACGCCUUUUGGCGGUGGCGCCGCCUCGUCGCCAUCUGGUUUUGCGGCCGCGUCGACCGCGUUCGGCGGCGGCUCGGCCUUCGGCGGCUCGCCAGCACCCGCACCGGCAUUCGGCAGCAGCAGCGCGUUCGGCGCGACGACGCCGUUCGGCGGCGGCGGCUCGAGCCCGUCAUCGAGCGGCUUCGCCAAGGCGUCGUCGACGUUCGGAGCCUUCGGCGGCUCGCCCGCGCCCGCGCCGGCCUUCGGCUCGGCGAGCGCCUUUGGAGGAGGCGGGACCUUCGGCGGCGCUGCGCCGGCGCCGAGCCCCUUUGGGGGUGCCGCGGCGGCGAAACCGAGCAUCUUCGGCGGCGGCGGCUCGCCACAAACCAAAAAGGGCAAGAAAAAACAGCUCAGCGCGGCGGCGAACCCCUUCGCGCCGGCCGGUGGUGGGAGUGCGCCCUUCGGAGGUGCGGCGGCCGCGCCGGCGCCGAGUCCGUUCGGAGGUGGUGGUGGAUCGACCUUCGGGGGCGCUGCGGCCCCGGCGCCAGCCUUCACCUUCGGCAACGCGCCGGCCGCGGCCGCCACAAAUCCCUUCGCGCCCGCGGCGCCGGCGCCCGCGCGCGGCCGAACGGCGGAACGCGGCAAGGGACGAGGGCGCGGGCGCGGCGCGAGCGCGUCCCCGGACGACGGCGGCCGCGGCCGGGGCCGCGGCAGGGGCAAAGGAGGGACAACGAGCGCGUCGCCCGACGACGGCCGCGGCCGCGGCCGCGGCCGGGGCAAGGGCGGCGCGAAGGGUACACAACGGGUCUACUGCGUCAAGGUCCAGCCCAUCACCCAAGAUGUCGACGACGCGAAGCUCGAACAGCUGUUCAAGGGCACGGGAUGCGCACCGCAGUCUGUGAGGGCCCUCGGCACCUACGGCUACGGCAACUACGCGAUGCGUAGGGAUGCGGAUGCGGCGUGCCAGGCGUUGAGCGGCCAGGAUUUAGGUGCCGGCGCCGUGUACUGUACGGUCAAGGAGAAACAGGCGCCCAAAACACAAGAGGCCCCGGCGCCCGCGCCCGCCCGCACCGGCACAGGACAAGGUGCGGACGCGCCCGCACCGGCCCAACACGCGGACAAGGUCUGGACAAGAGCGCCUGCGGCGCCGCAGCCGCGCCUGGACACUGGAGCGGCGUCUCGUUUUGUGAAAGGCCAGAUCGGCGGGCAGGCGCGGCGCGACGACAAAGCCCGGGCGGCCACGACGUUAAGGGUUACGAAGGGCUGCCCCAAGGACGAAAUUGGCCUCAAAAGUGUCUGCGAGUCCUUCGGGGGUGUGUCAAGCGUUUCCAUCGAAGGUGACGUUGGUGUGGUCGUGUUCAAAGAUGCUGAUGGUUGUAAACUCGCCCAGGAGCAGUUGCACGGCAUCGACGCCUUCAUGGCCGGUACGGUUGAGUGUUCUGUAGGAGCACCAGUACCACAAAAGAAGAAGAAGGCUCCGCCGAAGACGCCCAAUCCCUCGCUAGCAGCUAGAAAUGCGGAAAGGUUCGCGGCGCCUCCUAGGCGUACCUCAAGAUCACCACCACCCGCGCCCGUACCCGCUCCGGACGGCACGGACCUCGUGGGCACGUGCCUGCAGUUCUGCCCGACGGCCGAGAUCGAGGAGCGCGUCGGGUUUAAGGAGUUAGACGCCUUCGAGAAACCCGAAGGUUUUGAACAAAUGGACAACGAGACGCUGAUUGAGGCCUGUAAGGCCACGGCCCUCAAGAAGUACAAGCGGAGCGAUGCCGGCUCCAUCCAAGCGAAACCGGAAAUAGUACGACCAGUACAUGUGCUGUUAAAAGCCUUCGAGCAUCUCAGAGACAAUGUGAUCGAACGAGCGACUGGUACGCUCGAGGACGCCAUGGCCCGCUACUUAUUUCUCUGGGACCGGUUCCGGGCGAUCCGGAAAGAUUUCAUCCUGCAGAACUACACCACUGGUGGUCUUGUAGGGCUAGAAGCCAUCAGGGUCUUCGAGGGCGUCGCGAGGUACUUGGUCGGCAUCGAAAAGGAACUACAACAUCAUGCAGAAUGGCGGGAAGGAAUAGCCCAUGGCAAGCAAAACGCUGAAAGUCUCUCGGAAACGCUGUCGGCACUCGUGGCCUUCUACGACGCCGCGCGCUGCAAGCCGAACUCAACAGAACUCCUGGAGAACGAGGCCGAGUUCACGCAGUACUGGCUCGUGUAUUUUCUCGAUCAAGAGGAAGGUAGUGAGGCAGCGCACAUGCUGAAUCGCAUCGCGCUGGAAAGGCCCGAGCUGUACAUGACGGAGGAGAUCCAGCGGGCGGCUGGUAUAAGAAAAGCUAGAUUGGAUAAGAACUGGGCGCGGUUCUUUGCGGUGGUGCGGGAGGCGCCUUACCUCAUUAGGUGUUUGAUCGUGGCCCAAUACGCUGAUUCUAUGAGAGACGACGCGUUACAAGUUCUGUCAAGGUCUAUUCAAAGGUCGGAGCCCUAUGCAGCGAGGGAUCUGGCUUUGAGUUUAGGACUGUCAGUCGUGGACUGUCGGCGCCGGGUCGUCGACUGGGGCGGCGGCAUCGAUGAUAAGGGCAACGUGUUAUUUCAAAAGCCGGCGUCUUUUGACGAAGAGGCUUUUGAUGCUACGGCCUUCGCUGAUGAAAGUGUAGAGCCGCUCUUCGGCGAAGAGUCUGUAACGACGGCCGUGCGGGGCGACCCCGAGGCUUUAAUGAGGGCUCAACAAGCCGCGCGGGAGCGAAAGCGCGUCGCCGAAGAACGAGCGGCGGCCGAGCGAUUACAACGGGAGGCCGAAGAGCGCCAACGGCAGGCUUUGGCCGAGGAGCGGCGCCGCGCGGCCCAGGAAGCCCAGAAGCGGGAGCAGGAGCGGGCGGCUCGCGAGGCGCAGCAAAAGGCCGAAGCGGAGCGAAUAGAGCGGGAAAGGGCCGAGGCCUUACAAAAAGCCCGGGCCGAGGCCGAGCGAGAAGAACGGGAGCGCGUCGAACGGGAGGCGAAGAUCGCGGCAGAAAAGGAGGCGAAGCGCCAGGCCUGGUUGAAGAAGGAGCAGCAGAAGUUGGAGGACGAGCGAAAACGCAGAGAGGCCGCGGAAAUUGAAAGGCGCCAACGGCUCGAACGCGAGCGGCGCGAGGAAGCUUUGAGGUUGGAGCGGGAGCGGCUCGCGGAGCUCGAGGAGGAGAAGCGCGAUCAAGUACGGUGUGAGAAAGCUGCUCGUCAUGAAUAUAGCAUGCUGUUCCUGCGGUUCAAGCGGAGAUGUGCAUUGAGGAAGGCCGCGCGCGCGCGCGCGAAGGUCCUCGCGGCGGGGCUGUACCUCAAAAGGUGGCGGCGCGCGGCGGCUCAAAGAAGAGGCGCGCGCAAGAGGUACUUCCGGGCGCUGGGGUCGCUCGAGGCGGCGCCCGCGCCUAUUGCUGAAGCGGCGGCUGUCCCGCCUAUGCUUUCGUUCGCGUCGCUGGCGCGGGCUGCGCGCGCGGCGCCGUCCUUGUUAGCGGAGCAGGUCGCGCGGCUGACAAGGCCACCUUUGGAUGUGCGCGGCGCCUUUGCCGGAAGCGCGGGCCGCGUCGUCUUAGGCGUCGUCGGCGCCGUCGAUGAUCCGUUGUAUGAGGCGGUGCUCGCGUGUUUAGAAAAAGGAUUAGCGUCGCAGAAAAGAAGGCGCUCUGACGCGCCAGUUGUCGCGCUGCGCAAGGACGGCGUCGGCUGCUGUGCACUACUGGUGGCGUGUUCGCUCGCGCAUGGGCGCGCUGCGGCUUCUAACGCAUCUGCGGCGGCGGCGGACGCUGGGGCAGUACCGGUGUGCGUCCUACACGACGGCGCGGUCCCCGAGCCGCUCGUCGCCGCCCUUGCGCCAGAGACGCGCGCGACCGCGUGUGGUGGCGCACGCGACCCGAAGUUGGUGGAUAUCCUGCGCCACUGUUUGAACUUCCUCGGUGAGGCGUCAAAACCGCCACCGCCGCCGUUACUACUCCAAGCCCCAGAACCGGUGCGCGUGCCCGACGCCUCUCAAGCAAAACGCGCGCGGCGCGCGCUGACGCUCGCAAAGUACGCAAAUACACCAGAGCCGCCGCCGCCGAAGCGCGCGCGCGUGAACAAGGCGUUGAGUGACGCAAAGGCCGCGUCGGACCGCCUCGACGCCUUGUUGCGGGGCGCGCUGGCGCCCUCGCCGCCAACUUAUAAACCGCUCCCGCCGCCCGCGCCGGCGCCUCACCACUACUACCUGAAGCGCAUCGAGGCGUCGGCGGGCUGGAAGGCAGCGAAGGAACAUGAUCAUUAUGCGGCGCUCGACCAGAGUGAUGAUGAUACGGGCUACGACCUGCGGGACGGGACGCACGUCGAGCGGCACGUGGGGUCGCCCCGGUAA